GGCGUAAGAUAAACAAUGAGUUUAUUAACAGACAGGCAAGUAUACAGGUACGUAAAUAGAUAGAUAACUGCAAUGGAGAAGCAAAUGAUAUUGUCCUUUUGAUUUCAGGAGACUGUGGAUGACGUGGCAGGCUUGACCAACCGCAUGAAUGUGUCGACUAGGAAGACUUGGAAGAUUCGGAAGACUUGGCUUGGAAGAUUCUCGGUAGACACUCGGUGAAGACUCUGAAGUCAAGUACCUUCGGUGAUUGAGGUGAGAGCCUGGAGAUUCCAUGACAGUAGUCGCAUACAAGAGGUGUUUUCACAAAACUUAAAAAACUCAUCACACACCUUUAACCAGCAGGUAAGACUCCUCUACAAUAUUUACAUUUAAAGCAAAUGACAAAUGAUCAUAGGCGAGAUAAAGAACAAAAUUUGCAAAAAAGCUGUAUGAACUAUGCUUCAAUUAAAGUCAUUACAUGCCUUAUAUUCAGAUGGUUAUAUUUCUGGCAAAAUAAUGUGUGGUAGUGUUUUUUUCUAUUUUACUCAAAAAAACAUUUUAUUUACAUAAGAUUAUUCAAUUGUAGUUUUGAAAGGAAAUUCAUCAGGGAAUUUUUUUUUUUAAAUUGUAUGAAGCUUUUCAUAAUUCUAAUCGAUCCAAAACAGCUUUACUUUAUCUUAUAGCCUACACUAUAGUGAACAAGACAAAUAUAAGAAACUGACUAACAGACUCGGUUUUAAUGGGCGAGCCGCAUUAAAGCCACUUGGAAGUAAACACACACAGCUUUGAUUAGAUAGCAGUUUGCGUAAGUGGAGGUUUGAGAUGUAAUGUAUUUUACACAUUAGCACCAUUCACAGUUUGCGCAUGGCAUCAGUAUUAUCUGAAGACCUCCUGUGAUUUAUAAAUGACCUCCCCACAUCAGUAUUUCAUGUGACACAUUUGCACUGGAUGAUUUUACUCAAAUUUCCUGACUUAUUUCUCGGAUGUGAUGGCAAGGCUUUGCGUUUAGUUUUUAUAGCCUAUACUUGUAUUGCGUUUAAUGAUAUAUGACAGUACCUGUCAGCAUUUAUGACCAGUGAUCCCGAACUGGACAAACGUUCACUGCGAUCACGGGUCUCAAAUGUUAGGAGAGUUUCCAUGAUAAAUAAACAAACGGGAGAUUUCCUUGUAACUUAUGGAUAUCUCACAGCACCCGAAAUAAUACCUAAACACUACAAAGCAACCUCCAUUAUUCCCAAACGGUGUAUAAAACCUUGAAAAAUGAUAUAUGAGCCCGCCAAAUCACAGAGAUCCCCAUUCGCAUGAGCUUAAGAUCACAGACGGGUCCCCAGGUAAUACUUAUCUCGAGCGAAUAGUGCUCAGGGCGUUUUCAGUUCUAACACGUACACAAUUUUUUGCUUGGGUAAAAAUUGGGAUUUUAAUUCAUGCCGCCUGUAAGGUACUGGGGAGAAUUUAAAAUGUUUAGUAGCCAAGGAAAGACUUAAUAUAUAAUGUAUCGAGUUAUAUUAACCGAUAUCUCAAUAACUCCAAGAUUAUGAGGUGGCUGGGAUGUGGCCGUUUACAUAUUUCCGUCAACCAGUUCCUCCUCCACCACCUGCAGAGUUUGACAGGCCCUGGAGGACAGUAAACUGGAGUGAACCUGUGCAAAACCUGUUGAGAAAAGUAGAUGAUUUCCAGCCUGGAGACUCAGAAGUCGACACUCUCAGAAUUCUUCUGCAUGGACCCGCAGGGGCUGGGAAGUCAAGUUUCAUCAACUCUGUGGAUACUGCCCUUCAAGGCCACAUUACUACCAGAGUCCCAACAGAUGCAAUAAGUGGGAAAAGUUUCACUUUGGAGUGUAAAACCUACAACCUAAAGAAGGUCACAACUGGCUUUUACCCUUUCACAUUUACUGACACAAUGGGUAUACAAGCUACAGAAGGGAUACAGACUGAUGACAUCAUCAAAAUAUUACACGGUCAGAUCAGAAAUGAUUAUGUUUUUAACCCAGUUAAACCAAUCACAAAAGAAGACUCAAAGUACAACAGACACUGUAGUCUGAAGGACAGGAUUCACUGUCUGGUGUCUGUAUUCCCUGCAAACCAAAUUUCAUCAAUCCCAAAAGAUGUCAUUAGAAAAAUGAGAGAGAUUCGAGAGAAAGCACGAGACAUGGGCAUUCCUCAAGCCAUCAUCAUGACUAAGGUGGAUGAAACAUGUCCACUGGUAAAAGAAAAUCUAGAGAAGGUCUACACAAGCAAGAAAAUAAAAGAGAUGGUGCAGGAAUGUUCAGUCAGACUUGGAAUAACUGAGAGCUGCAUCUACCCUGUGAAAAACUAUCAUGAGGAGGAUGCCACCGUCCCAAAAAUAGAUAUUCUGAUUUUAAAGGCAUUAAUAAAUAUUGUAAACUUUGCUAAUGACUAUGUGGAGGACCACAAAUGAAGAAACAAUACAAUGCAAUUUGUCUUAUGAUAUAGAAGGCUUGAAAAACAUUUAUUUAGUUGUCAUAACACCCAUUAUACUAUUAUUAUAUUAUAUAUAAUUAUAUUCACCAUCUCUCAUUUAAUAUUCUUCAAAAACACCAGCAGUUAAUGUAUUAAU